AUGACUUCUGUUUACGGCCGGAACAUCGGAAACGAGGCCAUGCUCCAGAAAUACGCAGUGUUCCGGAGUGCAGUGAAACAUGGAGCCGAACGGAACAGAGCGUCAGAAUGGAUCCGAGAUAAAAUCUUGACAGAGGAUUGGAGCUCCGGGCCCCGCCGAUGCGAAAACUCCACGCCGUUUGAGAAGCCUGGAAUCCGGGCUGAGAUGGAGCAGGGCGCGGGGCAGGAGGGUCGAAGCAGUCCUCACUGCUGUUAA